UAUCCUAAAAAAUGGGCCUAUUUUGUCUAUAGUUUUGGGCUCAUGCCCGACUCAUAUAGAUUUGGGAUCCUGUAAGGAUAGCUUGGCCCAUGCUAUAUAGUUGGUUGUUUCUACAGUAUCUACACUAUAGGAAAUUACCGGAUUUGUACAUCCAUAGUAUUUGUAUUAUUCAUUCAUUAUACGAAUAAAUCUGAGACACAUAUAUCUUCUCAUUAUAGUUCAUAGCCAUGGCGGGCGUUGCAACGGUCGGCCUGUCGUCGGCAAGAGGCGCAUGUUUGCUGACUGCCCCGCGCAUGUUAGCUGCCGCCGCUCCUUCACCCAUGGUGUCGCUACGGCGUCAUUCAGAGCUCAGUUUUCAUUCUAUGCAACGCAGGUGCGGUCCGCCGUCGAGGAAGCUCACGAUUCGGGCCGCUAGAACUGAGUCAAAAGGUGUCUCUCUUGGAUUCAGAGCUCCACAUUUCGAGCUUUCUGAACCGUUAACCGGGAGAGUGUGGAAUCUAGAAGACUUUGAGGCACAUCCUGCUUUGCUGGUUAUGUUCAUUUGCAAUCAUUGUCCAUUUGUCAAACACCUGAAGAAAGAUUUUGUAAAACUUUCCAAUUUCUAUAUGAAGAAAGGCCUUGCUGUUGUUGCUAUAUCAUCAAACUCUGCAGCUACUCAUCCUCAGGAUGGACCAGAAUUCAUGGCGGAAGAAGCUAAACAGUUCAAUUAUCCUUUCCCAUAUCUCUAUGAUGAGUCACAAGAUGUUGCAAGAGAUUUUGGAGCUGUUUGCACACCGGAGUUUUUCCUAUUCAAAAAGGAUGGACGAAGGCCCUUUGAACUAGUUUAUCAUGGUCAAUUUGAUGAUUCAAGACCAAGUAAUAAUGUCCCAGUCACUGGAAGGUGGAUUACACAAUUCAUAUUUUUAAUUAGGGACCUGAGCCUAGCAAUAGAUUGUGUACUCAGUGGCCAACCAGUUUCAUCUGCUCAAAAACCUAGUGUUGGAUGCAGCAUAAAAUGGCAUCCUGGAGAAAAGCCGUAAUUAGGAAUUCUCAUCUUGGCUCUCUAUGUUGUUGCCUGCACUGAGUUAAAGGUGCACCAGAUAAUUACCGUAGCAGAGCUGAUCUUUUGGAGGAUUCAGACAUUUUGUAAUUUUGAUGUAAUGGCUCUUCUGUAAUUUCAUGUGUUUGACCUGUGAACUCUAUGUUCAUACCUAUUGGAAGUUAUUCUACUCAUGUAGAGCUCCCUCUUGCUAUUGUAAUGGUGACUUCUAUUUAACAAGAAUGUGUAUAUGUACAUGUAAGUGAGAAUAGAUUAAAAAUAAUUUGUUAUGAUUACAGGAGUAUAUAUGUUCUCUCAUGA